UCUACCUCGAGGUGACUGACAAAUUGUUUUGUAUUCUCUCGUGUGUAUUAGGUUCUCCGAGUAUAGAAUCGGAAGGAACCAAAUUGUCCUCAAUCUGCCACACCCAAACGAGUGCCACUUGUUGAUUCAGGAGCGGCCAACACCAGCUGAUGGCCGCGACUAGAACUUUUGAAAGGGACGCCGACUCAGAUGCCUACGGAACGUACGGAGCACCCGCUCCACCCUAGACCUUGAUGCAUAGGCUUAUUCAUCAAUUAUAUCGAGCAUCUGCACACGUCAUACGGGUUUGGUCCAGUGGCUACCUCCAUCCGAAAUUAGCUGCUCAGAAAAUUCGGACCUCGUCAUGGUCUGAAUACCCUUAGUUCCAUCCGCGUCUUAUCUGAUAUCCUCUUAACUAUAAUAUGCGUGCUUACUACUUUGACAACCUUGAGGGUGACCAACGCCUCCCACAUGACUCUGGCAUGGACGUUCCAGAUGAGGUCUUGAAGUCCAUUGGCGUCUUGCACUGGCACAUUCCAAUUGAUGCUGAGGGCAAGUAUGAGCAGGAGAUUACUGCUGUUGCGAAGGAAAGGAGUUACAGGAACCACGAUAUUGUUUCAAUCAGCAAAGAGGGCCUUGGUGAUGAAUUUGAAACAAAGAUCAAGAGCUUCUACCACGAGCAUAUGCACGAAGAUGAAGAAAUCCGAUACAUUCUGGAAGGCACCGGUUUCUUUGACGUUCGUGAACAGUCCAGUGAAUCCUGGAUUCGUUGCCACAUGGGUGCUGGUGACCUCUUAGUCCUCCCUGCGGGUAUUUACCACCGCUUCACUCUCGAUAUGGGCAACCGCGUCAGGACCAUGAGACUGUUCAAGGACGAGCCUAAGUGGAUUGCGCAUAACCGUGGCGACCAGACGGAUGCUAACCCCUACCGCUUGGAGUACUUGAAGAGCAUUCAAGUUCAGUAAAUCGAUGUGUCCAUUGUGGAGCAUACGGUAUGAAUGUGAUAUCCCAGUUGACAUUGCAAUCUGUAGUUAUUUCACUAUGGUGACCCUCGGCAGAUUCAUCUGCCGUCAGUAUGAAUACACCACGCAAAUCAUUGGGGUCCUGAAAUAUCAUUGGAUGUUGUCAAUUUUUGCUAAUUUCGUGCAACAGUACUCACACGUUAUCAGCUUAUAGUGGGUUUGCUGUGUUUCGCUUCCGCAAUA